AUGGCACCAACAUACCUCCAAAACCUCUCCCACUUCACCGUCUUCCUCACGGCCUACACGCACACGCUCCUCUGCCUCCGCGAACUCUAUCCACCCACCUCCUUCGCCAAAGCCCGCUUUCACAAUGCCCCCGUCUACCAAUCGCGCCAUCCGCUCGUCUGCGAGUGGGUCACCGACGCCAUAAAAGCCGUGCGCGAAGAGCUCAUCAACGGCAUCGUCGCCAGGAUUGGCAUCGUCAUCUUCAGCUACCCGGAUGAGGGCGAAGGGUCAGGCAGCGGCAAGAUAAUGGAGCGCUACAUGUUCGACGUGAGCGCCUUCCCGGUCGUAGCCAAGGGAGACCGCAACAUAGACAUUGAGUGGGAAGAUGAGACAUCGGUGCCCGAGGUGGAAUACAAUGACGAUGGCACUAUCAAGAGAAAGAAGACAAAGCCACUCGAUGUCGAUAUCCAUGCCGACAUCAGCGAACAGUACCGCGCUGCCUUGAUUGCGCUUGCGGUGCGUGCUCCGCGACUCGAUCCAUUACCACCAAACUGCUCAUUCAACAUCAGUAUGGAACUCAAGGAUGAGCCUGAAAUCGACCCGCCCAUGGGACACACAGAGACAUGGGUGCCGGUCCAACCUAGUUUGCAGAAGAAGGGGAGAGGCAAAGCGAAGCAGGCUUUGUUUAGAGAGGAGCUCGACGAGGAAGCUUUUGAGCUAGGGAUACUGAGAGAAAGGGAAGGAAGGGAUCUGGGUGGCGCCAGUGUCAUACCAAUACGCAGUGUGCAGGCAGGUGUCUUCAGCUUUGAGAAUUGGAUAGAAGAAGGCAAAGCCAAAUUUGAGAGCAAGGACGAGGGUAGUUCAAAGACAAGUUUCUCUAGUAUUUUCAAUUAG